UGUCAAUACAAAAGAGAGAGAGCCGAGCGCACGCAGCCAGACGGAGUGAGCCUCCUGCUGAAUCAGGGACAUGGACAUGAAGAAAAGGAUCCACUUAGAACUGCGGAAUAGGACGCCCUCCGACGUUAAAGAACUUGUUCUUGACAACUGUAGGUCAAAUGAAGGCAAAAUUGAAGGUCUCACAGAUGAAUUUGAAGAGCUGGAGUUCUUAAGUACAAUCAAUGUAUGCCUCACUUCAGUUGCAAACUUACCAAAGUUAAACAAACUUAAGAAGCUUGAGCUAAGUGACAACAGAAUCUCAGGAGGAUUGGAAGUAUUGGCAGAAAAAUGUCCAAAUCUCACACACCUAAACCUAAGUGGAAACAAAAUAAAAGAUCUCAGUACUAUAGAGCCUUUGGAAAAGUUAGAAAAUCUGAAGAGUUUAGAUCUUUUCAAUUGUGAAGUUACUAACUUGAAUGACUACAGAGACAAUGUCUUCAAACUCCUCCCACAACUCACUUAUCUGGAUGGAUAUGACCGAGAUGAUAAGGAGGCUCCUGAUUCAGAUGCAGAGGGCUAUGUGGAAGGCGUCGAUGAUGAGGAGGAAGAGGAAGAUGAGGAGGAAUAUGAUGAGGAUGCUCAGGUAGUAGAAGACGAAGAAGAGGAGGAGGAAGAGGAAGAAGGAGAAGAGGAGGAUAUCAGUGGGGAAGAGGAGGAGGAUGAGGAAGGUUAUAAUGAUGGUGAAGUAGAUGAUGAAGAGGAAGAUGAAGAAGCUGAUGAAGAAAGAGGGGAGAAGAGAAAACGAGAGGCUGAUGAUGAAGGAGAUGAAGAUGAUUAAUCUCAACAUAAUCUGUUUUGGGCCCAGGGGAGGGGACAAAUCUCCUAUUGUGAUUUGACUGUUCCUACCCUGUUUCACCCAUCCUCAGCCCCCCUCUGCAGAGUGUAAUGUUCCUGUGGGAUUGAGAAGGAAAUGCAUAAUUAUGUGGGUGAGGGAGUUAAAAUAACAUUUUUUUAUAAAAACAGCCACUCCUGUUUCUGGAGAAUUUCCUUUUGUGUUUGUUAUUAGUUCCUGUUAAUGCAAUAGCAAAUAUAAAGCAAGCAGUACAUUUG